ACUGCUCAGUCCACAGACACCACACAAAAAUAACAAACAUUAACCAUGCCCAACAUAUUCCAAAAAAUGAAACACGUCGCUAAACCUAUCAGGGGAAAAAGGCUAUAGCUCCGGGUAGCAAGUUUCACUACCCUACACAAUCUCCUACCGAGGUACACAGCCGAUUUACUCACCUCCUCAGACUGACUUCCCAACAGAAAGUAGAACAAGAGUUUCCAGGCUACGCAAGGCCUGGAAACUAACCAUUAUACUCUCUCCAACGCAGCACACAAACCAAACAACAAAGGCAACCAAUACUGGGCCGAUCACACUCAAACACCAUAUUCAAACCAAACACGUACCUCCACGGUCUCCCAAACCAAUAGUUCAAAGAUCCCGGACGAGCCCCCACUUGUCACAAACCGGCUCAAAGCCCGUAACAAAGGGAGACAACGUGGAGAUAAGGAGUAGCAAAAUAUAUAUUUAUUAACUAAAGCAACUAAGUAUAAUAUACAAUGGUGUGUGUAAUCAGUAGUGUAAGUGAGUGUUUUGCAUGCAUGAAUGUGAUAAUGCAGGGUGUUGAAAGGUGCCAAAGCAAACAAACAAAAGGCCACCAAGAACCACAACACAAUCUACAAAAGGUGUCUGCAUGGAGAGAGUCUCCUCCAUGAAUGUGGAAGAGGUCUAUUUAUCCUGGGAGACACCUGGCCCAGGUGUUUCCCAUGUAGCUGACGACCCUCUCAACUCCGCCCACCGGCAUCCUAAUAAGGAAACAAGAACAAAGACAGAAUACGGCAGACAGAGUGGGAGGGUCGUCACACAGGCUGACUACCUGUUAUGAGAGUGCAGCAAGGAUCCAAGGUGAAAAUGGCCCUGCGUACAUCAGGUCAUCUGCUCCUGGGGGUGGUAAGGAUCUACAACAGGAAAGCCAAGUACUUGUUGGCUGACUGUAAUGAGGCAUUCAUCAAGAUCAAGAUGGCCUUCAGACCAGGUGUGGUGGAUCUACCAGAGGAGAACAGAGAAGCUGCCUACAACGCCAUUACCAUGCCAGAAGAGUUCCACGACUUCGACCAGCCACUACCAGACCUAGACGAUAUCGAUGUCACCAAGCAAUUCACAUUGAACCAGAGUCGAGUGGAAGAGAUCACCAUGAGGGAGGAGGUGGGCAACCUGAGCCUGCUGCAGGAGAAUGACUUCGCUGACUUUGGAAUGGAUGACCGGGAGAUGAUGCGUGAGGAGAAUGCCUUCGAGGUGGACAUCAUCCACGGGGCGUCAGCCUCUAACCUGCUCCUAGACCCAGAGACCUCGGUUGCCCAGAUCCCAGACAACUCCAACCACCUGGAAUACGACGACCAGUACAAAGAUGACUUCGGAGAGGACCCCAUGGCUGAGAGCGAGGGAGGCAUGCUGGUUGACAAGCUCCUCAGUAACGAGGAUGGGGAUGGCAUUUUCGACGACCCUCCCGUCAUCACCGAGAGCGUGCUGAGACUGCAGGACCACGAUGACGAAGAUGACUUUGAUGCCCUCUCACCGGGAGGUCCAGACAGCCCAGACUCAGGCCCAGCGGAGCUCCUGCCCGCCAUGCAGGACCAGACAGAGCAGACCACGCUGGUACACAACGAGGAGGAGGCCUUCGCCCUGGAGCCCAUCGACAUCACAGUGAAGGAAACCAAAGCCAAGAGGAAGAGGAAGCUAAUUGUGGACAACCUGAAGGAGCUGGACAGCAAGACCAUCCGUGCCCAGCUCAGCGACUACUCUGACAUCGUCACCACGCUGGACCUUGCGCCGCCCACCAAGAAGCUGAUGAUGUGGAAAGAGACUGGAGGCGUGGAGAAGCUUUUCUCCCUGCCAGCACAGCCCCUCUGGAACAGCAGGGUUCUCAAGAUGUUCACCCGCACCCUGACCCCCCUGGUGCCAGACGAAAUGAGGAAGAGGAGGAAGGGAGGUGAGGCAGACAGCCUGGAUGAGUUCCUAAAGGACUUGGAGAAUCCUGAGGUGCCCAGAGAGGAGGCUAUGCAGAGGGACAUCAUCGACCAGACCAUCCUGGAGGAGCCCAGUGUGCUGCAGGCAUCAGCCAUGGAGGGCAGCAGGACCACCCUGGACGAGUCAGUCAUGCCCCUACCCUCCUCCACGCACGGCCAGAAACGCAAGGCACAGGACACAGAGCCAGGCUUGCCCAUGGGUACUCUGGAACAGGCCACCAACCAUUCAGGCGUGUCCCAGCAGUUGGACAUAACAGUGUCGCUGCCCCCCGAGGACAGCACCAACCUCAGCCAGUUCCCCGAGCUCGACCUGAUAGAGGAGAAGAAGGACAAGGAGGACGGCUCAGACGAGGAUGAGGAGGGUCAGGCCGGUGACCAGGACCGAGAGGAGAGGAGGUGGAACAAGAGAACCCAGCAGAUGCUCCACGGCCUGCAGAGGGUGAUGGCCAAGACAGGAGCCCAGCAAAUUAGCCUGCUGGAUUUGUGCAGGAACAACAACAAGAAGCAGGCUGCCGCCAAGUUCUACAGUUUCCUGGUUCUGAAAAAGCAGCAGGCGGUGGAGUUCAACCAGACCGAGCCAUACAGCGACAUCAUCGCCACCCCCGGAGCCCGCUUCCACCUCAUCUAGAGACUCAACACUGGCUGCUUUUACUCUGAAACUUUUUUAUUUUUAUCCUCUUACCUAUGUGUUUUUGUCUUUCUUGAGAUAAGAAUGUUUUUUUAAAGGUCAAGUGUGGGGAUGAGGUCUCUGAAUCAUGAAUGGUGGGAUUGUAAUUCUGUGUAUUUUGGGCUUUUAUCCAAUGAAAGCGCUUUGUGUUUUGCUAGAAUGUGAGAGUGUUAAUCCAAUCAUGUUGCUUUCCAAGGUUCUAUUUCUCUCCCAUUAAAAAAGUUAUGUUUUAUACCCUUUAGCUAAAAGGAGCAUGUAGUAUUGAGCAAGUUUCUGAAACACUCGACUGAAUUGCAUCCACCAGCAAUCUUAUUUUGAAGACCAAUAGUAUUUUAGUAGCUUCAAGCAUUCCAAUGGGUUUGUUCUUAAUUCUGCUUUUACAGUCCUUGACUGUAAUUUGUUUUUAUAUCGGCAGACAUUUAGGUCUCCAUUGUUGUGGGAUUUGAAAAUGGGCUCCAGAGUGGCGCAAGGCACUGCAUCUCAGUGCAAGAGGCGUCACUACAGUCCCUGGCUCGAAUCCAGGCUGUAUCACAUCCGGCUGCGAUUGGGAAUCCCAUAGGGCGGCGCACAAUUGGCCGUCAUUGUAAAGAAGAAUUUGUUAACUACUUGCCUAAUUACAGGUUUAAAUCAUGAAGAUUUUUUAAAAUAGAAACUGUCUACCCUCAUUGCCUGCUCCAGUUUCAAAUAUUUUUUAUUCCAAGUAAUUCCUCCUGAAUUGCAUUUUAUGGUAUUACUUGAAUAAUUCCCUUUUAAGUCACAUACUGUGUCAAUGAAAAUACUUGUAUCUAUGUUAAUGGUUUGACCAGAAUAAGACUUUUUUCACAUCAGAUAUUUUAAGCUAUUUAACAAAAUCUAAAUUUCAAUUGUGGGUGUCCAGAAAUGACAUUUCAUUCAUCAACUCUUUGAUGCAGCUCAAUGUCAAGUAAUCUCUGGCAACUAGAGAAACUUUUAUUUGGUAUUAAUAAUCUAAAAGAUAGUUGAUGCAAUGAUAACUACUGGGAAGUCUUAAUUCACUUAUGUGCUUAGGUGUUGUGAGAGUCAUUCUUCGAAAGCUCGAAUACGAUAUUGCUCAUCUUAUGGUUCAUAGCUACAAAUGCAUUGUUUUGAUACCCACAAACUUCUGAAAUUGUAUAUCAUGUAAUGUUUCAGCUCAUCCCUUUAACUGCACCGGUAAACUUGCAUUCUCCUUUUUGUAGAAAACCCAAAAUGACACCUCUUGUAGAUACUGUUGCUGAAGUGUAUUAUGAUGCCAUGCCUGUAGUCCUGAGGCCCACCAACUUGUUACUUUUCUAAUAAAAUGAAUACUGUUUCAACA